AUGGCGAGGCUCACAGCCGUUCUGACUGCGUGCAUCCUCCUGUGCGCGUUCCACGCAGAGCUCGCCCACGCACAGCUGAAAACACAGGGGAAGCUAUACGAGGUGGGGUCGGGGCUACUGCGCUACUUCAGUCCGUGGAAUCAGGACGUGGUGGGCUGGAUUCCCCCCCGGAACAUCAAGCCCGGCGAUAUCAUUUUGUUCCGCUGGCUGGGCCGGCACGACGUGCGGCAGUUCCCGACGAUCAUCGGGUAUAGCACGUGCAGCUUCUUCCUCUCCAAGACGCUCGCGUCCGGCACCUAUUUCGGAUUCUACCGCUACAUAGUGAAGCCCACGGACAAGGGCACCACUCUCUACUUCGGCAGCAGCAUUGGCGACGACUGCCAGCGCGACAUGAAGGUCGCCAUCCCCAUUCCCUAG